GCUGUUUAAUGUUCUAUCUCCCAUGUUCAUCCAAAAAAAAAAAAUCAAAAUUACUCUUUUUUUUAACUAAUGACUAAAAUUAGACAUGAUAAAAAGCAUAAGGACCACCCGUAUGGUUUACCCUUCUAUUAUUUUUUCCGUAGAUAGUCAAAAGCGUAGGGGAUCAUAACCUUUGUAAUCCCAAUAUCCUAUCCGGUAUCUGAUCUCGCCCAAAUCCUUUUCCAUUACUCUGCUUUCACCUUCACCUUCUCUCUCUCUCUCUCUUCCAUUUCACUAUCAAAUUCUCGGGCAUCCAAUGGAGACUGCAGCUUCUCCUUUUGGCGGCGGCUUAGUCAACUUUUGCUGCGGUGGUGGCUCCGUCUCUGUUCUUGGCGUUCCCCUUCGAAACCUCAAGCUUCAAUCCCUUCCCGGUUGGAAGAAAAAACAGGGUUUUGGGGUUAUAAAAGCUUCUGUUGCUAAAACAGAAGUUGCACUUCUUAGAAUAGGUACUAGAGGAAGCCCAUUAGCACUGGCGCAAGCUAACGAGACGCGUGACAAACUUAUGGCUUCCCACCCGGAACUAGCCGAGGAAGGGGCUAUCAAAAUCGUUGUGAUAAAAACAACCGGUGAUAAAAUAUUGAGUCAGCCCCUGGCAGACAUUGGUGGGAAGGGCUUGUUCACAAAAGAAAUAGAUGAGGCUUUGAUAAAUGGCGAUAUCGACAUUGCCGUCCACUCGAUGAAGGACGUUCCUACAUAUUUACCGGAAAAGACAAUUCUACCUUGCAACCUUUUGCGUGAGGAUGUUCGUGAUGCAUUUAUUUGCCUGAGUGCAUCUUCUUUGGCAGAGCUACCUGCAGGGAGUGUUGUCGGUACUGCUUCACUUAGAAGAAAGUCACAACUACUUAACAGAUAUCCGUUGCUCAAGGUGGAGGAUAAUUUCCGGGGUAAUGUACAGACACGAUUAAGAAAACUUUCCGAGGGGGCGGUUCAAGCAACUUUAUUGGCAUUAGCUGGACUCAGGCGCUUGAGCAUGACAGAAAAUGUUACUUCUAUUCUUUCAAUUGAUGAAAUGCUCCCAGCUGUUGCGCAAGGAGCUAUUGGAAUUGCAUGCCGAAGCAAUGAUGAAAAGAUGGCUAAUUACCUAGCUUCAUUAAACCACGAAGAAACACGACUGGCAGUUGCAUGUGAGAGGGCCUUUCUAGAGAAAUUGGACGGGUCUUGCCGUACUCCAAUCGCAGGCUAUGCUUCCAAAGAUGAAGAUGGUAACUGCGUAUUUAAAGGAUUGGUAGCUUCUCCAGAUGGAACAAGUGUGCUUGAAACAUCUAGAAAAGGUGCAUAUGCUUAUGAAGACAUGGUUAUGAUGGGGAGGGAUGCUGGCAAAGAACUUCUUUCUAGGGCAGGUCCAGGCUUUUUUGAUUCUCGAGUAAUUUAAGAUUAAAAUGGGCUAA